AAAUAUCGAUUGUAUUGAUCGAUGCAAUCAGUUUCGAUUUGUACUCCGAUUGGGACAUUACAUAGAGUUUAAUAAAUACUAAUAUUGAAUUAUAUCUUUAAAAAAUGGCGUAUCACACAAAUAUUAAAUGUAUAAUAAUGUUUAAUGUGUUAAUAUACGUCAUAUGUCAGAUUGAAGUAGAAGAUCCUGGGAAGCCGGAUAGUUGUCACGCUGCCCCAGAGUUAUUGACACGUCAAUGCUGUAUAUUUCCACCAUUUUUUGCGCGAGACGUAGCCAAAACCUGCGGAGCCAUUUUUGCUUUGACAUUUAGAGAUGGACAAAAUAAUGUCACUGGUCUUAGAAGACACGCCAUCACAGGUUGCGAACACUGGCGAUGUAUUUUGUCAAAAUACGGUAUAGUUACUGAUGAAGACUUUCUAGAUGACGAGAAAUAUUAUAACCAUCUUGAUAAAUGGGUCGACUUAAACCCUGCAUUUACUACUGUAUUGUUAAAUGCCAAAGUACAUUGUAAACAAACUUACAAAUUCUUUAUGCCUCUAAAGAUCUGUGAAUUCUACAAUUUUCAUUUCUGCAUAAGAGACAGCAUUAAUAUGGAUUGUCCCGUUCCAAUAAAUAGUAAAGAAUGUUCUGAGCAAAAACAAUUUUAUGACGAAUGUCGUACUUAUUUUCUAAGGAAAUGACAUCAAAAAUAAAAUUAUGUACACGAAACAUCGCAUUUAUUCUAAAUAGAAAUUAAUGACAAUGAGAUGAAAUAUUCUUUCAGACAUACUAUGCACAUAUCUGCAUCCUAAUAUUAUUAUACUAAAAUUAACUAAUUAUAAUAUUUAUCAUUACCACCCUUUUGUACACACAUUUUGAUAUGAAUUGGGAUACGAAUACAAGUACCAUACAGACUAAGACCUGUCCAACUGUAUUGAUACACUUAUAA